AUGGUUGAGCAGUUUCGUAGGAAUAAGCCUCCUACUUUCAAUGGAAAUUCUGACCCACUGGCCGUUGAGGAGUGGAUUAGAGAAGGUACUAUGCGUAGAUUCAAGUUGAUUGGAGUAGCCGGUUACUGGUGGGAAUCUGUCACACACACUAAGACCGAAGAGCAACAGUAUGCCCAACAGAGCAAGGAGUCGUUAGGAAAAAGAAAGUCGAAUAAUCAGAGCAAGGACAAAUAUAACUGGCAGAAUAAAUGCCAAGCCCAAGAGUUCGCAUCGCCUGGGCAUAUCACUUUGCACUGUACAGAGCCUUCGCGAAAGAAGGAUGAUGAUCAGAACAAGAACAAGAAAGGGAAGGCUCGAGUUUUUGCAUUAAAUCAGCAUGAGGCAGAGCAAGAUCCAAAUGUGAUAGCAGGUAUUUUGUUAUUAUCUAAUGUAUCUGUUAAUGUACUUUUUGACUCUGAGGCUACAAAUUCUUUUAUCUCUACAUCAUUCAUCACUAAGUAUGACAUUGCAUGUGUGAAAAUGGAUAAUGCAUUAGAGGUUAGCAUCCAUUCAGGGAGAACUCUUUGUUCAAAUCAGAUGACUAGAACUAUGAAGUCAGAGAUUGAUGGAAAUAUACUACCGGCGGACUUAUACCUUUUGGAGAUGGAAGAUUUUGAUGUUAUUUUAGACAUGGACUGGUUGGGAUCAAUCAUGCAACCAUUCGAUGUCAUGAGAAGGAAGUGUUAUUUCAUAGACCGGGAGAGGAAGGGUUUCGUUUCUUUGGAGCAAAGUCCAAACGUAUUUCCAGAAGACCUACCCAACAUUUCACGAGAUAGGCAAGUGGAAUCUACAAUUGACUUAGUUCCUAGCACGGUACCAAUAUUUAAGGCUCCGUAUAGAAUGGCAUCGAAAGAACUCCAAGAAUUGAAGUUACAAUUGAAGGAGUUGCUGGAAAAAGGUUUCAUUCGACUGAGUAUACCCCUACCAAGAAUAGAAGAAUUAUUCAACCAGUUAAGAGGUGCAACGGUGUUUUCGAACAUUGACUUGAGGUCGAGGUAUCAUCAGCUAAUGAUUAAGGCAGGCGAUACACUAAAAACUGCUUUCAGGACUCGUUAUGGGCAUUAUGAGUUCACUGUCAUGCCUUUCAAUUUGACCAAUGCUCCAAUGAUAUUUAUGGACCUGAUGAACUAUGAAAAAUUAUAUGCUAAAUUCAAGAAGUAUGAAUUUUGGCUCGAUCACGUAAGUUUUCUUGGUCAUGUGGUUACUGCUCAAGGAAUUGAAGUAGACUUAGUUAAAGUGAAAGUAGUAACUAAUUGGCCUAGUCCGUCUAGUGCAAGUGAAGUUCGCAUUUUCUUAUGGUCCAAUGACUCAACUGACUCGAAAGGGGGUGAAAUUUUAGUAGAUGAAAAAAUGGAUGCUUUCAAACACGGCUUAGGUUGUGUUUUGAUGCAACAUGGGAAUGUGAUUGCUUAUGCCUCGAGAUAG